ACGUGCAAACAGUUCAUGGAGCAGCUGGAGAUGCGGGUAAACUACGAGAACCCGAUGUUAUUCCUCGAGGACUUUGAAAAGAUUGCAGAUGGGACGACGAGCACGGUGUACAAGGCGAGAGAGAAACGAACGAGGGUUGAGGUGGCAGUUAAGAGGAUCAACCUGAACCUUCUGAAGGACAAGCAGCUGGUCAUUAAUGAGUUGAGCAUCACGAAGAAGUUGAACCAUGCCAACAUCGUGCAGUUCGUGGACAGCUUCCUACUUGAAACUGAACUUUGGAUCGUCAUGGAGUACAUGCAGGCUGGAACGUUGGCCGAUGUUGUCGCAAGUUCAAGAAUGAUAGAGCAGCAGAUAGCCACGGUGAGCAAGCGUUUGUUAGAAGGCCUGUCGUACCUGCACUCCAGGGGCAUCAUUCACAGGGACAUCAAGUCCGACUGCGUGCUGAUUCGAGAGGAUGGAGAGGUAAAACUGUCGGACUUCGGAUUCUCCAUAGAACUCACCCCAGAGACCCCACGACGAAGGUCCCUGGUUGGCACUCCCUACUGGAUGUCCCCUGAGAUCAUAUCCAGGGAACCUUACAACACUGCUGCUGAUAUCUGGUCAUUCGGCAUCUUGGUGUUUGAGAUGGUGGACGGGGAGCCUCCCUACUUCAACGACAUUCCACCACACGCCAUGAGGAAGAUCAAGGAGGAGUCAGUACCUGUCAUGGCCAACUUGUCCAGGGUGUCACCAAUGUUGCAAGGAUUCGUCGAGAAGAUGAUCGUUAAGGAUCCGUUGAACCGACUCUCCGCCUCGGAGCUGUUGUGGCAUCCCUUCUUGAAGAAAGCAUGUUCCAACCACUGCCUCUUACCUCUUCUUAAAAAAUAA